AUGGCAUCCCUCAAAUUAGUGCUUUGCUGUUUUAUAACACUGCAAUAUGUCGCAGCCUACAAAAUGGCUCUUUUUGUGCCAAAUAUGGCCAACAGCCAGGUGCUAUUCAAUGCUCGAGUGGCUGAGACGUUGGCAAAGGCUGGUCAUGAUGUUACAAUGAUCAUGAUCACUUCUAUGGACGACUUCGAUGGCAGUGAUGUGAAAAUAAUGCCGGAAGUGAAAAUCCAUCGCGUCAAUGCGUCCUUUGGUCUAAAAAAGAAAUAUAUGGAGGAACAACAAAGCAAAAUGAUCUUCCAGGAUUUGCCCAUGUGGGAUCACCGACUUCGCGCACACCUUGACAGAAUGACAACUUUUCUCACGGAAUCCUGUCGAAAAAUGGUUGAAAACAAAGAGUUCCUGCGAUGGCUGUCCAAUCAAAAAUUUGAUUUGGCUUUUGCCCAUAUGUACGAUGUGUGCCCUAUAGGUCUUAUUCAUUAUGCAAAGAUCCCUUCGUGGAUCUGGCUGAACAGUGGUGCCCUCACAGAUUUCGUCGCCUAUUACAUGGGUGUCCCCAUCAUUCCCAGCUACGUCCCACCACUGAUCAUGGAAAGCUCUGACCAUAUGAAUUUCGUGGAAAGAACAAAGAGUCUAAUAGGACAUACGCUGAUGACGAUUCUAUGGAAAAAGAAGUUUGCAGAUAGAGAAACCACAAUCUUCCAGGAGUUGAUUGACGCUAAUUUUCCCGAUAUAGUGGAUAUUGCGAAAAAAUGCCCUCUGGUUAUGGUCAACUCGAACGAAAUGUAUGAUCUUCCGCGACCGACUUUGGCGAAAAUUGUGAAUAUUGGAGGAGUUGGAAUAGAGAAGAUGAAUGCUAGGCCACUUCCUCAGGAAUACCAACAAAUUGUGGAUAAUGCUGAAGGCUUGGUGGUGUUUUCGUUUGGAUCAGUGGCUCCAGGCCACAAAAUGCCAACUGAGUGGAAGCUAUCUUUUAUUGAGGCUUUCAAGAGCUUCCCGAAUUAUCAUGUCUUUUGGAGAUAUGCAGGAACAGAUCUUAAAGACAAGAUACCCCCAAAUGUUCAUUUAUUUGACUGGCUUCCACAAUCAGAUUUGUUGAUACAUCCUAAAACGAAGGCAUUUAUAUCACACGGUGGUUAUAACAGCAUACAGGAAGCGAUCUCAGCCGGUGUUCCAAUGAUCACCAUCGCAUUAUUCGGAGACCAACCCAAAAAUGCAAAAUUAGCUGAAAGACAGCAAUUCUCGAUAAAUCUUCGCAAGAGUGAGCUCAGUGCCGAAACAAUAGCUGAUGCACUCAGUGAGAUAUUCAACGACCAAAGUUACUCAGAAAGAAUCAAGCAGCUGUCAGAAAUGGUCGAGAAAAAGCCAUUGAGUCCAUCUCACUUACUGGUUUCAUGGGCUGCAUUCACUGCAGAGUUCAAAACACUUGACAACCUCGUUCCAGCCGGGAACAAGCUCAACUUUUUCCAGUACCACUCACUGGAUGUCAUUGCUUUUCUUUUGGGUGUUGCUUUCUUGUCUUUACUAAUCUUCUUCAAAUUGCUCAAGUUAGUACUGUCAAAGGGAUUGAACAUGUUGUUCAGAACUCAGAAGGAGAAAAAAGCCUAGUGUUUUAUAGGUGUUGUUUGAGUGAUGAUCUUUCUCUGUGUCUCACUUCUUCAAUUCUACUUCUCCGAUCUGAUUUAGAAUGAUCUAACAAUAAGUGUAUGUUAUUUCCCCGCCAAUGUGCUUCAUUAUGUUUUCUGCAACUGUGAAAAAACGCAUUCGUGAUU